UGCGAGCUUUUAUGAGUUGAGUAGAGUUCGCUGUGCGGGUCACAUUUUCUUCGUUGAGCUUAAGCAAAUAAAAACAACUGUGAAAAAUGGCAUCUUUCAUUGGCAAGAAGUACAAAUUGGAGAAGUCCGAGAACUUCGAUGAGUACAUGAAGGAAUUGGGCGUCGGCAUGGUGCUGCGCAAGAUGGGCAACUCUGUCAGCCCCACUGUGGAGGUUACUCAGGAUGGAGAUACCUACACUCUGACCACCACCUCGACUUUCAAGACCUCGGCCAUCAGCUUCAAGCUGGGCGAGGAGUUCGAUGAGGAGACUCUCGAUGGUCGCAAGGUCAAGAGCGUGAUCACCCUUGAUGGUAACAAGCUGACUCAGGAGCAGAAAGGCGACAAGCCAUCGACCAUUGUCCGCGAGUUCACCGAUAGUGAACUGAUCACAACACUCACCAUUGGCGCUAUCAAGAGCGUGCGCGUCUACAAGGCAGCCUAAGCGUCUUCUGACUACACCUUACACCAUCAUGACUGAACUAAAAACUGUCUACGAACUAAUUCCCAGUUUAGUAAUAUUGUUAUCGAUUAACGUUUAAUAAAAGAACUGCACUUUAAUUCUAAUGUUUAUUUAUAAACACAUGAUCACUCACAUAUACACAUUUGUACCUAGCUAAUACGUACAUGUGCGUGAGUGUACAUGUAAAAUGACAUAUGAAAGAUUUCAAAAUGCAUUUGAAUAAAACUAAUAAUUCGCUUAAA